AUGCCUUUAGAUGGCUUGUUUGAGAGGUCCACCAACAGGAAGGGAGACGGUCUAAAGAAUUCCAAGACUACGGCCAAGGGAAUCCAGAAGAACAUCCACAUACAAAAGGACGAGCUGCACGAAGUCAAGGAUGUCAGGAAGGCUGAAGGGACGAAGAACUUCCGCAAGGAACAGGGUGAGCUCAAAGCCGAUAUCAGGGCAGGACAGAGACAGCGCGAAAGAAACCAGCAUACCGCCGAUCCAUCCAACAGGAAACUGGUCAAGGGCCUCAAUAAGGUCGAGAAAGCCCAAGCCUUGGAGUACAAACAAGCCUCGUCUCUAAACGGGGGGAGGAAUGACAAGAAAACAUUGAACAAGCUCAACCAUGAGAUUCACGACGGUAUCAAUGUGAACAAAGAGAACAAAAAGGCCGCGCUGAGGGGCAAUGAUCGUCACGGCCACGGCCACUAA